AUAGUGUGCGUAAACAAAAAAAAAACAUUACUGUAGUAUUGUGGCAUGUUCAUGUAAUGAGCCCAAAGUAAACAAAGUUCAGUAUUGAUUCAAGUGGGUUGUAGAGUUUAAUUUAGUGUUUUCCUUUCGUUUGGUUAGAACUUGCUUCGAAGGCAGAAAUAAGCAAUAUUAACCGAGACGAACUGACUUAACAAAUUACUUUCGAAUUUUGUUUUUAAACAAGAGUACACAGUAAGAAUGGUAAAUCUGUUAGUAAAGUAAAUCCGCUCAUAUUUACAUAACUGCACUUGUAUGUGCGCGUGUACUUCACGCGAAUGCGAGAGAAACGAACUAAUCUUUUUCUCCUCAUCUUCUAUCUGAUUCACAAAGUUGCGACGUAUCGAGUUAAACGUCAAAACCGCGGAUGAUCCGGGGCUAGUGAUUAAAGUGAUUGAUGUCAUUUUCGGUAGAGAAAAAUAACACGAUGAAAAUCACAAUCAUCCAUUAAAGUGUUCGGUCAAAGAUUACUUUCAAAGUUGUGUUCGAAACAGAGAAUCCAGCAGUAUACUGUCGUGAAAUGAAGAUCACAGAAGAAUGCUAAACAAAAAACCGAAUGACCAGAAUCAAACAAAAGCAAUAAGAAGAAGCUCAGCGGAAGUUGCCAUUGGUCCACUAGUACAAAUCGCAAUUACUCCCACUGAAUCGGAUGAAGGGAAGUGAAAAUCUUUGUGGUGGAGAUAAGCAGCACUAGUACUGUGAUUAUUCGUAUCGCACUGAUUGGGCACUCGUGAUCAAAAUGGGUGCCAAUGAAUCUCCAGGAAACGCCAACGAGGGAAUUACUCAUUUCAUGAAGCUAACAAGUGCAAUUUUUUAUGGAACAGCCUCAUUUCUAAUCACCGUAGUCAACAAAACAGUACUCACUUCCUACCGGUUUCCGUCGUUUUUGGUGCUCAGUCUAGGUCAGCUUGCGGCUAGUAUUAUCGUUUUAUUUCUGGGAAAGCACUUUAGUAUAGUAAAAUUUCCGGAUUUCAACCGAGACAUUCCGAGAAGAAUCUUCCCGUUGCCAUUGAUUUACUUGGGAAACAUGAUGUUUGGCCUGGGUGGCACGCAAGCACUCAGCUUGCCAAUGUUCGCCGCUCUGCGACGAUUCUCUAUCCUAAUGACAAUGAUCCUCGAGCUGAGGAUUCUCGGCGUCCGGCCCACGACUGCAGUACAGGUCAGCGUCUACGCCAUGGUCGGCGGCGCCUUGCUCGCUGCUAGUGAUGAUCUUAGUUUUAACCUGCACGGCUACCUAUUUGUGAUGGUUACCAACAGCUUAACUGCUGCAAAUGGAGUAUAUAUGAAGAAGAAAUUAGAUACUGCCGAUAUGGGCAAAUAUGGACUGAUGUACUACAACUCGCUUCUUAUGUUUCUACCGGCACUUGUUGGAACAUGGUUGUGCGGUGAUCUAGAGAAAGCCUGGCAAUUUGAAGCGUGGAACGAUCCUGUGUUUGCCAUACAGUUCCUGCUUUCCUGCGUGAUGGGUUUCGUUCUGACCUACAGUACCAUUCUCUGCACACAAUACAAUUCAGCAUUAACGACAACCAUCGUGGGAUGUUUGAAAAACAUCAGUGUAACUUACAUCGGUAUGUUCAUCGGAGGAGAUUACGUGUUCUCCUGGCUCAAUUCCAUCGGAAUCAACAUCAGCGUUGCAGGAUCGUUAUUAUACACGUACGUGACAUUUCGAAAAAAGAGUUCCACCGGAGGGUCUGGCUCUAUGGGCAGUAACCAGGCGGCGGAUCGCAAAUCUUUGCUGCCCCCGGCCGGUCGAAUCGACGAAGCCCGCCGUUUAGUUUACUGCGCGCCAGCUGCUGCAUCGGUACAGUUGCACAUGCUCCACGGAAGAGAUAGUUUCGCAUGGUGGCCGUUAGCUUUCCUACGUGCAUUGUUUUCGGUUGUAGAUUUGCUGCUAUAUACCACAUCUUCGACGAAAGGAAUGUGUUGGAAAAUGCUACUACGAAGGCAACGCUUUAACGAGCUUAGGCGUAUGUGGAAUAUGAACUUAUGUACAGUAACCGACCAAGCUUCACCAGCGAACGAAUCCAACUCGGAUCAUACACCGCCGGUAGAUGAAUUUACGCAGGAAUUUCUCAAAAAUCAAAUUAAGCUCACCGAUGCUCAAAAGCUGUUUUUAAUUACUGGAAGUUCGAUUGCUGCAAUCCUAAAUCCAAGAAGGCAUGACAUGAUAGCUUGUUUGGGCGAAACGACUGGCGCAGGCGUAGCUGAAAAUAUUCGACAGCAGAUGUUAUCCUCGACAGAAGGACGACUCGUCCUAGCGGAGAAACCUCGCAUCAAUACCCGCACCGUGGAUAUGACUGCUCUUAAGAAACUCCCGGAAAAUAGUUUUGGCUUUCAUUACGUACAAUUUCUAGAGAAACACGAAAUCACGCCCGAUUCGCGCAUGGAAGUCCGAUUUAUGGACAAUCCAGAGCUUGCAUACGUUAUAACACGAUACCGUGAGGUUCAUGACCUGAUUCAUGCUGUUACCGACAUGCCGACCAACAUGCUUGGCGAAACCGCUGUCAAAUGGGUAGAAGCGAUUAACAUCGGAUUGCCCAUGUGUUAUGCAGGCGCUGUUUUUGGUCCAUUGCGAUUGCGACCAAAGCAACGACAAAAAUACCAGCAAUAUUAUCUUCCGUGGGCCAUCCAGACAGGUCAACGAGCCAAAUCGCUAAUGUGCGUCUAUUGGGAGAAACGAUGGGAUCAAGAUAUCAAUGAAUUACGAAAGGAGCUCAAUAUUGACGUUCUUUCUACAAAGUGAUAACAGAUGUUUAUUAUACUUUAGUCGUUAAUAGGUAAAGCACAUUAUUGGUUAUAUACAAUACUACCUACUUACUUAAUAAUUACAUAACAGCUGAAACACUAUUUCAAAAUUUAUAC